CCGUGGAGAAGGGCAACAAAAAUAUUUACAUCGCGGAGAAUUUUUGAAUGGAGAUACCAACAAGAAUAACCGUCUGCUUGUGGUUAUAGUUACUCAUUGUAAAAUGGGCUCAAGAAAACCAGCAGAACCUGGCAACCUUGUUGCAGCAUUUGAAGGUGAUCUAAACGCCAUCGUUAAAGAAUAUUUGGCAUAUUGUGGGUUUCACAAAUCAGAAUCCAUGUUUGAAGCUGAGGUAAAAGAACGAGCAAAACCACUAAAAGAAACCCCAACCCGGCCAUGGAAUAAGAAGAAACAAGAUCUGCAGGCUGAUAUUCUGAGUCUGUUCAGUAUGGGAGCCAGGAAGGAAUUUUUCCAGCUCUGGAAUGAGAACAUUCCGGAGGGUGUGCAUAAAGGAGAUCCAACAUGCAAGAAGCUGGAAUUCUAUUUAAAUAUUUAUUUUGCAAUUUUUCCCAUCAAGUAUCAGAUUUUAACAGGAAAGAAGAGUUCAGUUCGAGUGGAAGGUGCGAUGAGUGAGUUUAAAUCAUACAUCGAAACGCGAGGAGCUGUGUUAAGCCAGACAACAGAAUUCCUUCCCUUCUAUGCCUUGCCCUUUGUACCAGACCCCACCAAGCACCCAGCCUAUAAGGAACUGUUUUUGGACCAUUGGGUACCAGACCUAAAGACCAGGCUAGAGACGUUCCUCGUCCUUACACUACCGGCUAGGCCACAGCCUAGACUUUUUGAGCUUUAUCAAGAUGUUUCAAAAGAAAUGUCCAUUCAACUUCAACAACUACAGCGGAAUGUUGUUGACGCCGAGAAGAAAGCCACAGCCUAUGUUAAGCGCUACAAUUACCUUCAGAGUGACUAUCAUAAUUUAAUUGGCAUAACUGCAGAGUUAGUUGAUUCAUUAGAGAACUGCAUUAACGGAAAUAUGGUUACCCCUGAAUAUUUACAGACUGUCUGCUCCAGAUUGUUUACAACUCAAUUACGGGAAUCUAUGGAUACCACACGGCCUGGCACGGCGGCGCAGUAUGUUAGAAGCUCAGUGGCGCAUUACAGCCCUAUCAUUGAGGAAAGUCCUGAAAAUUUGGCUGUGCCGCCUUCGCUUGACUACACCAAAGUAAAGCAUGAUGCGGUAUAUGCUGAGUCGAGGGAGUGUGCCAAGCUGCUACAGGCGUUACGAUGGCGAUUAACACAGUCACAAGAAGGUGAGCAGCGCACUCAUGUGGUGAAAGAUUACAUUAGUAACGACAUAUUGGGUUGCAAAAACGACAGUCAGCUCCUUACGCAGCUGUUAAACCACUUGACCUCUGAUGAUGUUAUAGUUCAACAGUACAUGUCAAGGUUCAUCAAUGCAUUAGCAUCACUUUCACCAGGGAGAUCCUAUCUAGCAAUAGGUCCCAGUAUAGUGACCCAGUUGAAGGUGGUUGUUCAGAAUGAGAAGCUUGACUUGAUAACCAGGGAGAAUGCACUAGGAGCCAUGCAAAAGCUUAGCUUAAGGCGUGGACCACAAAAUGCAAUGAUAGAUAAUGGUCUAGUUGAAUGGCUGGUGUCGGUCCUAGAAGACCAUGAGAACCAAUCAGAUUACAUGCUAGAAUUCUCUGCAGCUCUAACCAUGAACCUCUGUCUAAGAACUGCUGGUAAAAGGCAAUGUAUUCCGUUGAGAGGUAAAAUAUUAAAGGUUCUUUUGGAAAUAUUCGAUCACCAAGAGAUUCAACCAUUUCUUAAUGGUACACUCUAUAGUCUUUUGGAUUUGGAUGAAAUAAGGGAAGAGGCAAAGGCCAUGGGAUUGGAGGACAUGCUGAAAUGCUUUAUGGAAGAAGAACCAGACAGUGACCUAAAUAGACAAUUACAUUAUAUAAUCAAGAAACUCAAUCUAGAUGCUGUGGCAGAGGAAGAUUCAGAUGAUGAGGAUGAAGACGAAAAUGAGGAGGAUGCUGACCAAGACUCUAUGGAGGUUGAUCUUGACAAAAAAGAGCUAUUGCGCCCUCGCUCGGGCGAGUUGACUGGGGAAAAACUACUGUUAGCACAUUACAUGACGGGUGGAGGCAAUGCACCUAAAAAAUUGUACAGGUAAGGCAUAAGGAAUGAAAAAUGGAGAAAUAAUAGUAUAGGAGGAAAUUAAAUUUACUUACCUAA